AUCGCGCGGCCGCGAACCGGUCUCCGCGAGCUGGGGACUUCUCCGCGCGGGGCGAAACAGCAGCGAGCCCCGUUGCGCGAGUGGGAAGGAGCCCUAGCAAGCAGCUCUGUGGCCCAAUAACUUUCCUUUGCUCUCGAGUAUCGGCCAAUGAGGCGCGUGGGGCGGGACUUCCGCCUCGCCUAGGUGUUGUCUCUGCUCUGACUCGGGGCUGUGGGGUCGGUGCGGAUAUCCAGUCAGGAAGUCAUGGUAGACUCUUCUCCCGCAUCGACGCGGCGGGCGUACCUAUUUGUGUUGAGGGACUAGGCAUUCAGGUGGAUUUUCAGCAAGAUGCUGCUCUCCAUAGGGAUGCUCAUGCUGUCAGCCACACAAGUCUACACCAUUUUGACUAUUCAGCUCUUUGCAUUCUUAAACCUGCUACCUGUAGAAGCGGAUAUUUUAGCAUAUACUUUUGAAAAUGCAACUCGGACAUUUGACGACCUGCCAGCAAGGUUUGGCUAUAGACUUCCAGCUGAAGGUUUAAAGGGUUUUUUGAUUAACUCAAAACCAGAGAAUGCCUGUGAACCCAUCGUUCCUCCACCACUGAAAGAUAAUUCUUCUGGCACUUUCAUCGUAUUAAUUAGAAGACUUGAUUGUAAUUUUGAUAUAAAGGUUUUACAUGCACAGAAAGCAGGAUACAAAGCAGCCAUAGUUCACAAUGUUGAUUCUGAUGACCUCAUAAGCAUGGGAUCCAACGACAUUGACGUGCUAAAGAAAAUUGACAUUCCAUCUGUUUUUAUUGGCGAAUCAUCAGCUAAUUCCCUGAAAGAUGAUUUCACAUAUGAUAAGGGGGGCCACAUUAUCUUAGUUCCUGAAUUUAGUCUUCCUUUGGAAUAUUAUCUAAUCCCUUUCCUUAUCAUAGUGGGCAUCUGUCUCAUCUUGAUAGUCAUUUUCAUGAUCACAAAAUUUGUCCAGGACAGACAUAGAGCUAGACGAAACAGACUCCGUAAAGACCAACUUAAGAAACUUCCUAUACAUAAAUUCAAAAAAGGAGAUGAGUAUGAUGUAUGUGCCAUUUGUCUGGAUGAAUAUGAAGAUGGAGACAAGCUCAGAAUCCUCCCCUGUUCCCAUGCUUAUCAUUGCAAGUGUGUAGAUCCUUGGCUAACCAAAACCAAAAAAACCUGUCCAGUCUGCAAGCAAAAAGUUGUUCCUUCUCAAGGCGAUUCAGACUCUGACACAGAUAGUAGUCAAGAAGAAAAUGAAGUAUCAGAACACACCCCUUUACUUAGACCUUUGGCUUCUGUUAGCACCCAGUCAUUUGGGGCUUUGGCGGAAUCUCGAUCACAGCAGAACAUGACAGAAUCUUCAGACUAUGAGGAAGAUGACAAUGAAGAUAGUUACAGUAGUGAUGCAGAAAAUGAAGUUAAUGAACAUAGUAUUGUGGUCCAAUUGCAGCCUAAUGGUCAACGGGAUUACAACAUAGCAAAUACUGUUUGACCUUUAGGGUGAUUUGGUUUUCUUUAAAAUGUUUUAUUUAGGUAUAUAAUGGUUUGACUUUUUUGCUCCCUUCAGAGAUUCCUGUAGAAAUAAUUGUAUUUCAGUAUUCUAAAGUUUAAUCAUAGGGUUUUUGUUUUUUGAAUCUGGUAUGUAUCUGCAGGACUGUACUUCAUUUCACUAAUAACUAAUAAUAGACUGGUGCUGUAACACAAGCAUCAAACCAACUCUUAUGGAAUGAAAUAUAGCCAAAACAUAAAAAUAUUCCUCAGCAUAGCUUAUAGUUAAGACCUAGAUCACAGUAUGCAAAUGUCUCCUGUUUCACACUCAAGGUCAGUCCUGUGGUCACCUAGCAUGAGCUAAGCCAACUUCCAUCUCCAUAAAGUUACUCAGCUGUUGGUGAGCUGGAAUGUUUGUUCUGGUUUUUCUCCAACUCCAACUUGUUGUCAUUAGUGAGAGGAACAAGGCUAAGUUAGCAUUUUUCCUCCUAUCAGUACCACCAAGAAACCUUUUCCUUUUAUCCCCAGUAGUCUUACCCUGUAGGAACAGUCUGUACUAGUAUAGAUUUCAGCAGUUUUUGUUUUUUUAAGGUUUUUAAUAGUGUUAUAUAUGAAUUUGAUUCAUAAGUUAAAAUAAUGUCUCUGGACUUUACUUACUGAAUUUCAGUAUAUUUUAAGGGUUUUGUGUUGUGAUCAAAGCAAAAAAGAAAAUGCUGUAUAUAAAAAUACCAAACAGCAUACGUUAAUACUCAGAUCAUAUACCUCUUAAUAAAGAUCAUCUAAUGUUAAUUAACCCUGCUAAAGUAUGUACAGAGAAAAAUGGUUUGAGUAUUGGAUCUGAAAAUAAGUGCUUACAUUUAACAGGACUUAUGAUGUAUUUAAACAAUGUAUUAUGAAAAAUUAAACUAUAUAAUAUUAUUGUAACUAUGUAGAAAACAGACUUAUGUAUAAUCAAAAUGCUAAGAAUUUUUAUAUGUCCUGUAUGAAGGGAGUCUGAAUGUUAAUAAACACAUUUUCCACUUCAGAACCAACAUUGUGGUAUUACCCAUAUUUGCUCUAUAUCUAUACACUGCAUUAAAAAAUAUGAUUGAACAUGUCUCCAUAGAGUUUUAUACAAGGUUAAAUGACAAUGCAAACUCAUAUCUGAAAAGUUAAGACUACAGCCAAUUAUGUAUGGUAAAUCCUUACACUGGACUACUGUACAGCCUUGAAAGGCUAAAGUAAAUACCUAGAUAAAUCUGCACUGAUACAAGUUUUAAGUGAGCAAAAGUAACUGGGGAAUAACAAGCACACAAAACAGGCGCCUUUGUGGCAAAAAGAAAAAAAAAAUGC